GUUUGACGCACUCGGGGAGGACCAGCCUGCCUGACCACUGACACUCUCAUCUAGACAUAUAAAGACAAACUUUACAUUUCCAGACUGCGGUGCUCUCGGCGGUUCACCUUCAGUGUCGCCUCAUCUACUGUAUUUGCCUAUUUGAAAUAUUCAAACUCUAUCAUCAACGGAGAGCAAGCCGUUUGGGAAUCAAGGACUGGAGGGAGGAUAUAUGUUUAAAGCUGUUGAUGCGGGAUACAGCUUUCAGUCAGGGUAGAAGAGGAGAAGGAAUAGGCUACAGUAUCAACUGGGUAGCUUUGGAUAAAGUUUUCUGAAGUUCCCUUGGCGUCUGGGAUUAACAUGGGUACCUUGCGCGACCUCCAAUACGCGCUUCAGGAGAAGAUUGAGGAGCUGCGGCAGCGGGACACGCUCAUUGAUGAGCUAGAACUGGAGCUUGACCAAAAAGAUGAACUGAUACAAAAACUACAGAACGAACUGGAUAAAUACCGGUCCGUUAUCAAACCGGCCACGCAACAGGUCGUCAAACAGACCGAGCUGCACGAGCACCAACGAACUAAGAGACAGGCGAUAUCUGCCGAACCCACCGCAUUCGACAUCCAUGAUCUUAGCCAUGUCACGCUGCCUUUCUACCCCAAAAGUCCACAGUCUAAGGACCUGAUCAAGGAAGCCAUAUUGGACAAUGACUUCAUGAAGAACCUGGAGCUGUCUCAGAUCCAGGAGAUCGUGGACUGCAUGUACCCUGUGGAAUAUGGCAAAGACAGCUGUAUCAUCAAGGAAGGUGACGUGGGCUCACUGGUCUACGUCAUGGAAGAUGGUAGGGUGGAGGUGACAAAGGAGAGUGUGAAGCUGUGCACCAUGGGACCUGGGAAGGUGUUUGGAGAGCUGGCCAUACUCUACAACUGUACCAGGACAGCAACUGUCAAGACUCUCACCAAUGUGAAGUUAUGGGCCAUCGACCGACAAUGCUUUCAGACUAUUAUGAUGAGGACGGGCCUGAUCAAACACACCGAAUACAUGGACUUUUUAAAAAGUGUUCCAACGUUCCAUGAACUUCCGGAGGAGAUACUAAGCAAGCUGGCUGAUGUCCUUGAGGAGACACACUAUGAGGAUGGAGAGUACAUCGUCAGACAGGGAGCCACAGGAGACACCUUCUUCAUUGUCAGCAAGGGAAUGGUGAAUGUGACCAGGGAAGACAAGCCCAGCGGGGAUCCUGUCUACCUCCGCAGCAUGGGGAAAGGAGACUGGUUCGGAGAGAAGGCCCUGCAUGGGGAGGACAUCAGGACAGCAAACGUCAUCGCUGCAGAGGCCGUUACAUGUCUGGUCAUCGACAGAGACUCCUUCAAGCACCUGAUUGGAGGGUUGGAGGAGGUCUCCAGUAAAGGCUGUGAGGAUGCUGAGGCCAAGGCUAGGUACGAAGCAGAGAACGCUUUCUUCUCCAUCCUCAAUCUGGCUGACUUCAACAUCAUUGACACACUGGGGGUUGGUGGCUUCGGCCGCGUAGAGCUGGUCCAGCUGAAGAGUGAUGAGUUGAAGACUUUUGCCAUGAAGAUCCUGAAGAAGCGUCACAUCGUGGACACGCGGCAGCAGGAGCAUAUCCGCUCUGAGAAACUCAUCAUGCAGGAGGCCCAUUCUGACUUCAUUGUCAGACUGUACAGGACUUUUAAGGACAGUAAGUAUCUCUACAUGCUGAUGGAGGCUUGUCUGGGAGGAGAGCUGUGGACCAUUCUUAGAGACCGGGGUUCGUUUGAGGACUCCACCACUAGGUUCUACACAGCUUGUGUGGUGGAAGCAUUUGCCUACCUGCAUUCCAAAGGCAUCAUCUACAGAGACCUCAAACCAGAGAACCUUAUACUCGACCACAGGGGCUACGCCAAGCUAGUGGACUUUGGCUUUGCCAAGAAGAUAGGGUUUGGGAAGAAAACGUGGACGUUCUGUGGAACACCAGAAUACGUGGCACCAGAGAUCAUUCUGAACAAAGGCCAUGACAUCUCAGCCGACUACUGGUCUCUAGGAAUCCUCAUGUUUGAGCUCCUCACCGGCAGCCCUCCCUUCUCUGGCCCUGAUCCCAUGAAGACCUAUAACAUCAUCCUGAGGGGCAUUGACAUGAUUGAGUUUCCAAAGAAGAUUACCAAAAACGCUGCCAACUUAAUAAAAAAACUAUGCAGGGACAAUCCUUCAGAAAGGCUGGGAAACUUGAAAAAUGGUGUUAAAGACAUCCAAAAACACAAAUGGUUCGAGGGCUUUAACGGGGAAGGUCUACGGAAGGGAACUCUGACACCCCCUAUCAUCCCUAAUGUGACAUCAUCGACGGACACAAGUAACUUUGACAGCUUCCCAGAGGACAAUGAAGACCCUCCCCCAGAUGACAACUCUGGCUGGGACAACGAUUUUUAAACGUCACCCCCCACCCCCAAUACCAAAUUAUCUUCUGUCAUUGGCCUGGGGGCCUACUUCCUGAUGUAGUGUCAUUCUAAAGACUGCGAUAAAUAGGAAGAGGAGA